AAACAAGGAGUACAUUUUCUAUGUGCUCGUAGUCUCCGUAUUUGAACUGAAAUCUAGAGGAGAAAAAUUAGAAUCGAGUGAGUCAAGAUCAUCAUCAUCUUGACACAUUUCCGAAUCAAUAAAAGGGCACACGUUUUCGUUCUUCAUUCUUCUUCUUCUUCAUUUUCACAAACCCUUUUCUCCACGAUUUAACACUUUCAUUUUGGUAUUCUUCUUCUUCUUCCAUUAAUCAAAUCAAGAUCAGAUCACAUUCAUUCAUCAUCAUCAAUUGUGUUGUUUCUGAUCUUCCUCUGUACCAAAUUCAUACCCACAUGGCGAAAAUUCCCUCUUCAGAUGGUUCAAAAAACUUAUCCAUGAAUUCAAAUGGAGGCCCAGAAGCAAAGACUUCACUUGUUGUAUGUUUCGGGGAAAUGUUGAUCGAUUUUGUGCCUACGGUUUCUGGGGUGUCACUUGCAGAAGCACCCGCCUUCCAAAAAGCCCCUGGCGGUGCUCCUGCUAAUGUUGCUGUUGGUAUUUCAAGAUUGGGUGGUUCAUCUGCUUUCAUAGGCAAGGUGGGUGAUGAUGAAUUUGGGCAUAUGCUAUCUGACAUUUUGAAACAAAACAAAGUCAACAAUUCUGGCAUGCGAUUUGACCAAAAAGCUCGAACAGCUCUUGCUUUUGUUACUCUUAGAGCCGAUGGGGAGAGAGAAUUUAUGUUUUUUCGUAAUCCUAGUGCAGACAUGCUUCUUCGUGAAUCGGAACUUGACGUGAAUCUUAUUAAACAGGCAAGUAUAUUCCACUAUGGUUCUAUUAGUUUAAUAGAAGAACCAUGCAAAUCGACACAUUUAGCUGCGAUGGCGAUAGCAAAGAAAUCCGGCAGCAUUCUCUCUUACGACGUGAACUUAAGAAUACCAUUAUGGCCCUCAGAAGAUGCAGCUAGAGAUGGCAUAAUGAGCAUUUGGAAUCAAGCUGAUGUCAUCAAGGUGAGUGAGGAUGAAAUUACGUUUUUGACCCGGGGUGCUGAUCCGUACGAUGAUAAUGUGGUGUUGAAUAAGCUUUUUCAUCCCAACCUUAAGCUUUUGCUUGUAAGCGAAGGGCCAGACGGCUGUAGAUAUUACACACAGAAAUUUAAGGGAAGAGUUCCUGGUGUUAAAGUAAAGGCUGUUGAUACCACCGGUGCUGGAGAUGCAUUUGUUGGUGGAAUUUUAAGUGUUUUAGCUUCGGAUACAAAUCUUUAUAAGGAUGAAAAAAAACUAAGAGAAGCACUUCUUUUUGCAAACGCGUGUGGGGCCUUAACGGUAACCAAAAAAGGAGCGAUUCCAGCAAUGCCCACAAGAGAUGAAAUCCAGAAAAUCUUGAAAAGCAACAGCUGAGGAAUGAACAUGUUGGUGCGAUGUCAAUAAAAAAGGUUUAUUUGAAUCAAACCCUGCAAUGUACAAGUGCGUAUGAAGUUCUUCACGGUAGUUGUACAUUGAAGGGGUAUGACAUUUUCUAGCCAUAAAUGGAAUCUGUAAUAUGUUCCAGUAUAUCAACAUUGCUGCUGGUAAUGAAAACAAAUUGUUGUUUUGUUGCUCUUGUAGGCAACUUUUGACUGUUGCUAUAAGUUUUACCGACUUGAACGUCGAAAAAUGCUUCUUAUAAAUUUGUCUUUGUGCCU